UUAUACAGUGUGUGUACAGGUAUUGAUGAUCACAUGUGUUGUUAAUAUUUAUUAUUUUUGUGUUUUAUUCUAUCAAUCAAUUGGUUUGCAAAUUGCAAACUAUUUGUCAAUCCAUUGGAUCAAAUCAAGUGAUUUUCAUUGAUUGUCUUCAUAUACAUCACACACACAAUGACUUUGAGAUCAACUCUAUCGGCCAUACAUUCACUACGCCAUCAGUUGGUCAUCGGCGGCAACAACAACAACAUUAUAGCCGCUGCUGCCGCCGCCGUAGUCAACAAUCAUCGGCUGCCGAUGAUGACCAACGACAACAACAACACAGGCGACUGUCCAUUCCCACUGGCCAUUAGUCGCCGAUUUAGUCGUAGAUACUAUAAAUUUUAUAGCUGGCCAAACGAUUUUUUACCGUUUUAUUGGCAACGCCAAAAACGAUUGCCCGGACAUAUCCGAUCGGGUGAUGCCGUCCAAGAUAUCGGCACUUGGGAUAAGAAGGCACUGGUAUUGGACGCCAUGUAUUGCAAAGAGCUUGAAAAUGCACCCGAACCCGUCCGGCGACAGUUUACACUUGAGUUUGCCCGUCGGAAAGAUAUUGUCGAAUACCAGAAGUAUCACAUCAUGAAAGUAAUGCAACGAAAUCCAUGCGAUACCAUCUCACCGGAGGCCAGAAUUACCAAUUACACUGUUAAGAUACGUAACCUAUUGCAUCACUUCUACAAAGUGGACUGGUGGGCGGCCCAUUUGAAAGGCCACCAGAACGUAAUGGUACAGAAACGGCGCCGUAUGCUCAACGAACUAUACUAUACGGAUAGAGAACGGUUCGAGUUUGUCACGAAAACCUUGAAGAUCGACUAUACGCCGCCACCGUUAGGCGAAAUAGUGGUCAAACCUACCCGAAAGUCGACAUUACGUCGACUAACGCGCGAAUACUGCGAACGAAUCAAAGACGACAAACUCGAUGCCUAUCACCAGAAACUGAUUGCCGAACAGAAAGUUUACGAACAGAAAAAAUCCGAAAUCGACGACUGGAUUAAAGAUCAGGACAAGUAUUUGGGUGUAACUGUUCCGCAGACACAACAACAACAACAAACAGUUGACACCAAAUGAUUGUAUAGAUGUUGGUGUUGUUGUUGUCAUCAAUUAACUAACUGUUAAUAUACUGUAUAUCUGAUAUCUGUUAGUCAUUGAUU